AUGAAUAUAAUUAGGGAAAAUAAAGAUUUGGCCUGUUUCUACACAACAAAGCAUUCCUGGAGGGGAAAGUAUAAGCGAGUUUUUUCAGUUGGAACUCAUGCCAUCACUACAUACAAUCCUAACACAUUAGAAGUUACAAACCAGUGGCCUUAUGGAGACAUCUGCAGCAUUAGUCCAGUUGGAAGGGGACAAGGAACAGAAUUCAGCCUCACAUUUCGUAAGGGGAGUGGGAAGAAGUCCGAAACGCUUAAGUUUUCUACAGAGCACAGAACAGAACUUCUCACUGAAGCACUGAGAUUCAGAACUGAUUUUGCUGAAGGAAAAAUCACUGGAAGGAGAUAUAAUUGUUAUAAGCACCACUGGAGUGAUACAAGAAAACCUGUAAUUCUAGAAGUGACUCCUGGAGGCUUUGACCAGAUUAAUCCUACCACAAAUAAAGUUCUGUGUUCUUAUGACUACAGAAAUAUUGAAGGAUUUGUGGAUCUCUCUGAUUAUCCGGGAGGUUUCUGUAUACUUUACGGAGGGUUUAGUAGACUACAUUUAUUUGCUUCUGAGCAAAGGGAAGAAAUUAUCAAGAGUGCAAUAGAACAUGCUGGUAAUUAUGUUGGCAUCUCCUUGAGGAUAAGGAAAGAACUAUUAGAAUUUGAGCAGUAUUUGAGUCUUCGCUUUGGAAAAUACAGCAAUGAUGAAUCUAUUACAUCUUUAGCAGAGUUUGUGGUGCAAAAGAUAACUCCUAGACAUUCGGAACCAGUGAAAAGGAUACUGGCUCUUACAGAAACUUGCUUAGUGGAACGUGACCCUGCUACAUAUAACAUUGCAACACUGAAAUCCUUAGGAGAGGUAUUUGCACUAGUGUGUGAUUCAGAAAAUCCACAGCUCUUUACGAUAGAGUUCAUCAAGGGACAAAUCCGAAAAUAUUCUUCAACAGAGAGGGAUUCAUUGUUAGCCAGUUUACUGGAUGGAGUAAGAGCAUCUGGUAAUAGGGAUGUCUGUGUGAAAAUGACACCCACGGACAAGGGCCAGCGGUGGGGUCUGCUAAGUAUGCCAGUGGAUGAGGAAGUUGAAAGUCUUCAUCUAAGAUUCUUGGCAGCACCUCCAAAUGGCAACUUUGCAGAUGCAGUCUUCAGGUUUAAUGCUAACAUUUCGUACAGUGGGGUUCUGCACGCAGUAACACAAGACGGCCUAUUUUCAGAAAACAAAGAAAAAUUAAUAAACAAUGCCAUAACAGCAUUACUCUCCCAAGAAGGUGAUAUUGCGGCAUCUAAUCCAGAGCUUGAAAGCCAGUUCCAAGCUGUUAGAAGAUUAGUUGCUUCAAAAGCAGGGUUUCUCGCUUUCACUCAGCUUCCGAAAUUUCGGGAACGCCUGGGUGUGAAGGUAGUGAAGGCUCUUAAGAGGAACAACGAUGGAGUAACGCAUGCUUCCAUUGAUAUGCUUUGUGCCCUCAUGUGUCCCAUGCAUGAUGACUAUGACCUGAGGCAAGAGCAGCUAAACAAAGCAUCCCUUCUUUCUUCAAAGAAGUUUCUGGAAAACUUAUUGGAGAAAUUUAAUUCCCAUGUGGAACACGGAACGGGUGCCCUAGUUAUUAGUUCACUUUUGGACUUCCUUACCUUUGCUCUUUGUGCUCCAUAUAGUGAGACAACAGAAGGGCAACAGUUUGAUAUGUUACUAGAGAUGGUUGCAUCUAAUGGGAGAACCCUCUUUAAACUCUUUCAGCAUCCUUCCAUGGCUAUUGUGAAAGGAGCUGGAUUGGUUAUGAAGGCAAUAAUAGAGGAGGGAGAUAAAGAGAUAGCAACCAAAAUGCAAGAUCUUGCCCUAAGUGAAGGUGCCUUACCUCGUCAUUUACACACUGCUAUGUUUACAAUAAGCACAGAUCAAAGGAUGCUUACAAAUAGGCAGCUAAGUAGACAUUUAGUGGGCCUGUGGACUGCUGAAAAUGCAACUGCUCUGAAUUUGUUGAAGCGUAUUUUGCCAUUCGGCUUGCUAUCGUACCUUGACAGCAAUGACCCAGUUCCUGAAAAGGAUGCUGAUCGGAUGCAUAUUAGAGAUAACUUAAAAAUUGCAAAUGAUCAAUAUGGCAAGUUUAAUAAAGUGCCAGAGUGGCAAAGACUUGCAGGAAAAGCUGCUAAGGAGGUUGAAAAAUUUGCCAAAGAGAAGGUGGAUCUUGUUUUGAUGCACUGGAGAGACAAAAUGGGAAUAGCACAGAAAGAGGACAGAAACAAUAUGAAUAUUAAUCAAAAGCCAGUCAUAUUGAGGAAACGAAGGCAAAGGAUAAAAAUACAAUCAAACUGGGAUCUCUUCUACUACAGAUUUCUUCAAGAUCAUGCUAGAUCCAACUUGAUUUGGAAUUUCAAAACCCGAGAAGAAUUGAGAGACACCCUAGAGUCUGAAAUGCGGGCAUUUCAGAUUGAUAGAGAACUUGGCAGUGCUAACGUCAUCUCAUGGAAUCACCAUGAAUUUGAGGUGAAGUAUGAAUGCCUGUCAGAGGAAAUAAAAAUAGGGGAUUAUUACCUGAGAUUGCUGUUGGAAGAAGAUGAAAGUGAAGAAAGUGGAGCAAUAAAAAAAUCGUAUGAAUUUUUCAAUGAAUUGUACCACCGUUUCCUGCUUACCCCUAAAAUAAACAUGAAAUGUCUCUGCUUGCAAGCCUUGGCCAUUGUUUAUGGCAGAUGCUACGAAGAGAUAGGCCCAUUUGGUGACACCAGAUAUAUUGUAGGGAUGCUGGAAAGGUGCACUGACAGACUUGAGCGGGACCGGCUGAUACUGUUCCUUAACAAACUCAUUCUCAACAAGAAAAAUGUCAAGGAGCUCAUGGAUUCUAAUGGUAUCAGAAUCCUUGUGGAUCUUCUCACUCUGGCCCACCUUCACACGAGCAGGGCUACAGUACCACUGCAAAGUAAUGUAAUUGAAGCAUCACCUGAUAUGAAGAGAGAGAGUGAGAAAGAGUGGUAUUUCGGCAAUGCAGACAAAGAGAGAAGUGGUCCUUACAGCUUUCACGAGAUGCAGGAUUUGUGGACCAAAGGGAAGCUGACGCCGAAAACACGUUGCUGGGCCCAGGGCAUGGAUGGGUGGCGCCCACUGCAAGUUAUCCCUCAGCUGAAGUGGUGCCUCCUUGCCAGUGGACAGGCUGUACUAAAUGAGACAGAUCUUGCUACGCUUAUUCUCAACAUGCUGGUCACAAUGUGUAGCUAUUUUCCUAGUAGAGAUCAGGACAAUGCCAUUAUAAGACCUCUACCUCGAGUGAAGAGACUUCUUUCAGACAGCACUUGCCUUCCCCAUAUCAUUCAGCUGUUGCUAACUUUUGACCCGAUUCUUGUUGAGAAAGUGGCCAUAUUGCUUUUCUACAUCAUGCAAGACAACCCGCAGUUACCGCGACUUUACCUCAGUGGGGUAUUCUUCUUCAUCAUGAUGUACACUGGUUCCAAUGUACUCCCUGUUGCAAGGUUUCUGAAGUAUACGCAUUCAAAGCAAGCUUUCAAGUCUGAAGAGACAAAAGGGCAAGAUAUAGUUCAGAGGAGCAUUCUUGGACACAUCCUACCAGAAGCCAUGGUGUGCUAUUUAGAAAAUUACGAACCAGAGAAGUUUUCUGAAAUAUUUUUGGGUGAAUUUGACACUCCAGAAGCUAUUUGGAGUAAUGAAAUGAGGCGCCUCAUGAUUGAGAAAAUUGCUGCCCAUCUUGCUGACUUCACUCCCCGUCUUCAAAGUAAUACAAGAGCGCUUUAUCAGUAUUGCCCGAUCCCAGUCAUCAACUACCCUCAACUGGAAAAUGAGCUGUUUUGUAACAUAUAUUACCUCAGACAUCUUUGCGAUAAAUUACGGUUUCCUGACUGGCCAAUUAGAGAUCCUGUUAAACUAUUGAAAGAUACCCUGGAUGCUUGGAAGAAGGAGGUAGAGAAGAAGCCACCUACAAUGUCAAUAGAUGAUGCUUAUGAAGUUCUCCAUCUUCCAAAGGGACAAGGGAAACAUGAUGAGAGCAAGAUCAGGAAAGCUUAUUUCAGAUUGGCUCAGAAAUAUCACCCUGACAAGAAUCCAGAAGGUCGAGAUAUGUUUGAAAAAGUGAAUAAAGCUUAUGAGUUUUUGUGUACAAAGUCAGCCAAAGUAGUGGAUGGUCCAGAUCCUGAAAAUAUUAUUUUGAUUCUGAAAGCCCAAAGCAUCCUCUUCAACAGACACAAAGAAGAGUUGAAGCCCUACAAAUAUGCCGGUUACCCUAUGCUGAUCAAGACAAUCACACUAGAAACUUCAGAUGACCUCUUAUUCUCCAAGGAGUCUCCUCUGUUGCCUGCUGCAACUGAGCUGGCUUUCUACACUGUCAAUUGUUCAGCGCUUAAUGCCGAAGAGCUGAGAAGAGAGAAUGGAAUAGAGGUCUUGCAAGAGGCAUUUAAUCGCUGUGUUGCAGUCCUGACACGCUCCAGUAAGCCAGAUGACAUGUCAGUCCAGGUGUGUGGACAUAUUUGUAAGUGUUACAGCGUGGCGGCUCAGUUUGAAGACUGCAGAGAAAAAAUAACUGAAAUGCCCCAUGUCAUCAAGGACCUCUGUCGAGGGCUGUACUAUGGGCAGACCAUUCCACGUGUGGCUUCCCUGGGAGUAGAAUGCGUCAGCUCGUUUGCUGUGGAUUACUUGUUACAGACACAUCUCUUUGGAGCUGGGGUUCUGUGGUAUUUACUUGGUUACCUCUUCAACUAUGAUUACACGCUGGAAGAGAGUGGUAUUCAGAAGAGUGAAGAUUCCAAUCAGCAGGAAGUAGCCAAUAGCCUUGCCAAACUUGGCCUCCUUGCUUUGAGCCGUCUUGGAGGAUAUCUUCCUGGAGAACAAGCUACACCUGAAAAUCCAGCCAUCAGAAAAAGUCUUGCAAGCAUGCUUACUCCUUAUAUUGCAAGGAAGCUGGCAGUAGUUAGUCCUACUGAGAUUCUGAAAAUGCUCAACAGCAACACAGAGAGCCCGUACUUGAUAUGGAACAACCGGACAAGAGCAGAGCUCCUUGAAUUCCUAGAAUCGCAGCAGGAAAGCAUGAUCAAAAGAGGUGACUGUGACAAAAGUUAUGGGUCGGAAUUUGUCUUCAGUGAUCAUGCGAAGGAACUCAUUGUAGGAGAGAUUUUUGUUAGAGUUUACAAUGAAGUCCCCACAUUCCAGCUAGAGCUUCCUAAAGCAUUUGCUGCAAGCCUUUUAGACUAUAUAGGCUCACAAGCACAAUACCUUCAUACGUUAAUGGCCAUCACCCAGACUGGGAAAGUAGAGUCUAACCAACAUGGAGAGAGGCUCAGAAGGGUUGAAAUGGCUUUGGAGGCUCUGAGGAAUGUAAUAAAACAUAACCCAGGUUCAGAGUGUGAAUGCAUAGGGCACUUUAAGUUAAUAUUCUCCCUUCUACGUGUCCACGGAGCUGGUCAAGUACAACAGCUGGCUCUGGAGGUGGUGAACAUAGUAACUAGUAAUCAGGAAUGUGUUAACAAUAUUGCAGAGGCAAUGGUCCUUUCCAACUUACUGGCCCUUCUGCAUUCACUGCCAUCAAGUCGGCAGCUUGUUCUUGAAACUCUGUAUGCUUUGACAUCUAGUACCAAAAUCGUGAAAGAAGCGAUGGCGAAAGGUGCUUUAAUCUACUUACUUGAUAUGUUCUGCAACUCGACCCAUCCACAAGUUCGAUCUCAAACAGCAGAGCUCUUUGCUAAAAUGACAGCGGAUAAGCUGGUGGGUCCAAAGGUUAGGAUUAUCCUUAUGAAGUUUCUGCCUGGUGUAUUUAUGGAUGCCAUGAGAGAUAAUCCUGAAGCUGCUGUUCAUAUUUUUGAAGGAACACAUGAAAAUCCUGAGUUAAUAUGGAAUGACAACUCCAGGGAGAAGGUGUCAACCACUGUCCGUGAAAUGAUGCUAGAGCACUUUAAACUACAGAGAGACAACCCAGAUAUUAACUGGAAGUUGCCUGAGGACUUUGCUGUGGUAUAUGGUGAAGCAGAAGGAGAAUUAUCCAUAGGGGGAGUCUUCCUAAGAAUUUUUAUUGCCCAGCCGGCCUGGGUCCUUCGAAAACCUAGAGAAUUUCUCAUUGCACUGUUAGAAAAAUUCACCGAACUACUGGAGAAGAACAACCCACAUGGGGAAACACUCGAAACCAUAACGACAGCAACGGUGUGCCUCUUCGGCGCUCAGCCUCAGCUAGCAGAUCAGGUUCCCCCACUUGGUCAUCUUCCCAAGAUUCUCCAGGCCAUGAAUCACAAGAACAAUGCCAUUCCUAAAAGUGCCAUGCGUGUCAUACACAUACUGGCCGACAAUGAGGUAUGCGGAUUGUGGUCUAUUUCUUCAGUGGAAGCACUAGGAGUCCCUAUGAUGAAUGGAAUGAAGAAGCGACCGGAUACUAUUGGGGUAGCCUGCGAAGCCCUUAACCGAAUGUUUCAAAAAGAGCAGAAUGAUUUAGUAGCCCAAGCGUUGAAAGCAGACUUGGUCCUGUACCUGCUAAAAUUGCUUGAGGGCAUUGGCCUUGAAAAUCUGGAAAGCCCUUCAGCUACAAAAGCUCAAAUUGUGAAAGCCCUGAAAUCUAUGACUCGCAGCCUACAGUACGGAGAGCAGGUAAACGAAAUCUUGUCUCGUUCCUCUGUGUGGAGUGCCUUUAAAGAUCAGAAACAUGACUUGUUCAUUUCUGAGACUCAGACAGCGGGAUACCUCACAGGUCCUGGUGUUGCUGGCUACCUUACUGCAGGGAGGUCUUCAUCUGUCCUGCCCAGCGUCCCACCUCCGGUGGACCACGAUGCUGGAGAUGCCAGUUAAAGGACAUGAAAUACCCGUGCGAGUGAGAGACUCCAUGGCAGACUGGCCAGUGAUGAGGGAGGCCUCCGUUCCUUGGUCUAAAUAGUUGCAACGAAUUUUGCCUGCCUUUCCAGUUCCAUGACAGUGUUAUUCCUUUUUCUAUGAAUAUAUUUUUUUUAGAAAAAAAAUUCACAAUUCUAUCACAUUGUAACAUAAGGAGAAAAGUACUCUGUGGAUCAGCUUAAAUGGGGUACAGAAGAAUUUUUGUUUCUUGCUGUACGUGAGCACAUUUUUGUUCCUUUAUAUUUUUGUUUACAAGACUGUGAAUCAAACAACACUUUUUCCUAGUUUUUUGUAUCUUAUGAACUUAGCAUGACUGGAGUUGAACUACAGUCUUGAAGAAUUGGGCUAAAUCACUUGAUCCUUGAUCCUCCCAUCCUCUCGAAGAAGAACACUUUCCUCCUUGUCUCCAAGUCGGAUGUGAUCAUCCCUCUUGGACUUGGCUGACUUGAUGUUUACUUGUGUCCUUGAUCAUUAACAUUACGUUUCACAAGACCUAACAAAUUUGUAUGUAUAACUGGCUUUACCAAAUUGAAAAAUUAAAGUGCAGCAAAAAAAAAACCCUAUUUAAAAAAAAAUGUUAUAUAAAAGCAUAGUGUAAUUGUGAUAUGUUCUAUACAU